CUACAGUAGAGCCAGCAUAGACCCAUAAAAAUUAAAAAAAAAAGGAAAAAGAAAAAGGAAAGUUAGAAAAGUUAAAAAAGAAAAAAAGCAAUCGCAAAAACAGAGAGAGAGAGAGAGAGGGGGAGAGGGGUGGGGGUUGCAUCAUCGUCAUCGUCAUCGUCAUCGUCAUCGUCGUCGUCAUCAUCCAUGGAUGGGCUGAGAUCAAGGUCGUACGCGGACGGGAGGGCGGAGAAGGAGUCCUCCUACGCGGCGUCGGGGCUCCACAUGGUGAGGUCCUACAGCGCUUCCCACAGAAGCGCUCCCAAUUGCAAGAAGGGGAAGAGCACUUGUGGGUCCUCUUCCAUGGAGUCUUCGUCUUCGUCUUCGUCUUCGUCUUCGUCUUCCUCUUUCGUAGGUUGGGGUCUGAUUAGCGACCCGGAGCUGCAGAGGAAGACGAGGGUGGCGGGGUACAAGGUGUACGCCGUGGAGGGCAAGAUGAAAGGCUCCGUCAGGAAGAGCUUCAGGUGGAUNGUAGCAAAGUUGUCCUUACUUCUUGGCAGCAUAUAG